AUGGCAAUGGCUCUCCAACUACCCAUAACUAUUCUUGCCAUCGUACUUAAUGUACUGGACAGCUCAGUCAGCGAGGUUUGUUCGUCUGAGGCGCCAUUCGCGAUACCCGGAGUUCAAGGUAACUUGGAAUUUAAAGCCAGUUCAUUCAAAGUCAAUCAGCCAAGAAGCUCUGCAUUUGCAUUCAUUAAUUCACUGUCAAGGCAGCGUCACGGCCGAAUGCUUGGCCCUGUUUUGAACGAUUCUACGUCGCCUCGCAUUUCAUUGAUCCUUAUAAUUAUGGCAAAUGACUGUUCAACGAUGAACCCGGGCCCCGUUAAAGAUCCUUGUGGCAUCUGUCAAAAGCCAACUAGAUCGAACCAAAGAGCGAUUCAGUGUGACGAGUGCGACAUGUGGUAUCAUACGAAGUGUAUUGCCAUGACGGCUCAAUCUUAUGACAGAUUGGGUAGUGACUCCCAGCUUGCGUGGCUGUGCAAUAAAUGCCUUUUCCCAAACUUCUCGACGACGUUCCUGUUAAACGAAAUGGAUCUUUGUCACGAAAACCGCUUUGAAAGUCUCUCAUCUGAUUCAACAAUAAGCAGCGACCCGGGAUCACCUUUGUUUACGUCUAGCCCUUCAAGAUUCCAUGAUCCCCAAGGGAACCGAGUUAAGAUAACACGGAGAAAGUUAAAGAUCCUCUCUCUUAACUGUAACGGGCUAAAAAGCCCGGCCAAAAAGUCGCAGUUUCAAUCUCUUGUCGCACUGCAUGACCCGGACGUUAUUCUCGGCUGCGAAUCAAAGAUAAACGCUAUUAUUCCCACUUAUUCAAUCUUUCCUGAAAAUUAUGAAGUAUAUCGGAGAGAUAGGACGGCUUCCGGUGGAGGUGUUUUUAUAGCUGUUCGCAACGAUCUGACUGCAGUGGAAGAACGGGGUCUCGACGUCAAUGGGGCCGAAAUGAUAACAGCAUCUAUCCAUCUCGCAAAGCGGAAGAAACUUUUUCUAACUAGUUUCUAUCACCCCCCAACCGACCAGGAGGGACUCGGUCUGUUAGACGACUACUUAUGCAAACUGUUCACCAAAUACCAGCAGUGCCCUAAUGCAAUCAUAGGGGGUGACUUUAACUGCUCGGGUAUUGAAUGGUCAAGCGGCGAGGCUGUACUCACUCCACCUGUUCACAGCUGGGACCUCGCCCUUAUUGCGUUGGCGGAAAAAUAUGGAUUAUCACAGCAUGUUAAGUCUCCAACUCGAUAUGAUAGCUUCUUGGACCUUGCAUUCUCGUCUAAACCUGGCCUUGUUAAUGCAUGUCAUGUUACGUCGGGUCUAAGUGAUCACAGCGCGGUUUUAUUUGAAGUUGACCUUGCUCCAAAAUACAUCCCCAAGCCCCCACGUAAGAUUUAUCUUUACCAUAAAGCGGACAUAGCUGCGUUAAAAGAACACAUCGCAUCCUUCCAUAGGGACUAUGCUGCAUCGCACAUGGAAAGAUCCGUGGAGGAAAAUUGGAAUGCUAUCUCAACUUGCAUUAGUGAUGCUAUGGAGAGGUUUAUUCCAUCCAAGACUUCGAAAACAAAGCGACUCCUCCCCUGGAUAGGCGCGCCCAUCAAAAAAUUGAUGCGCAAACGCGACCGCGCCUUCAAAAAGUCCAAACGGACUGGGAAGGAAAAAGACCAUGUGAACUACAAACGCCUAAGGAACAUUGUAAGCAACAGCAUCAAGGAAUCACACAAUAACUACGUGAGCGAGAUUAUGAAGGGGAUUGACCUUGAAUCUGAUGAACCUAGGCCGAACGGAGUCAAGGGGGCGUGGUCAUAUCUGAAACUCUUACGCUCAGAGUCACUAGGGAUACCCACUCUAUUCUGGGAGGGACGGGUUUGCGCGAAUGACAAAUGUAAAGCUGAGGCGCUAAGGGCACAGUAUGACAGUGUAUUCACGCAGGAAGAUAAUCUUAAUGUUCCCACUCUCGGCGCGUCCCCUCACCAAGACAUCAAAGACAUCUCCUUCUCUGUUAACGGCGUUAGAGUACAACUCGAUAACAUCCGUGUAGACAAGGCGUGUGGCCCAGAUGCCGUCCCAGCCAGAGUCCUGAAGGAGGCUGCAACAGAACUUGCACCUAUCCUUACAUUACUGUUCGAGCAGUCGAUGAAGGAUGGCGUACUCCCUACUGUGUGGAAGGACGCGAACAUAUCAGCCAUUUAUAAGAAGGGUCUAAAGAUCUGA